CCCAGCCGACUGCCCACACCCACUGAAUUUGACGAUUCAAAACGCCCUGAAGAUCGCAUUUACGUAUCCUACCCUCACAACUUUCUGCUUUCAGUUUAAUUCAGGUCCGUUCUUUUUAAACCAGAAGAACUGUCGGAUACGUUUUCACCUCGAGCUGAAAGUGAAGUGUUUUGGCACCAUGGCAGCAGUGGGCAAUCGUGGAGUUGUGACAGAAGCAGCUGGAUUUAAGGCAGAGGAGGAUGUCCAAAAACUGAGGGCAGCCAUGAAAGGAGUGGGCACCGACGAGUCCGGCAUAAUCGAGGUCUUGGCGCACCGUACCAUCGCCCAGAGACAGCUGAUCAAGCAGGCCUAUAAGCAGAGUGUGGGGAAGGAGCUGGCUGAUGACCUGCAGUCUGAGCUGACGGGUAAUUUUGAGUCGGUGGUGUUGGGGUUGCUGAAGCUGGCCCCCAAGUAUGAUGUCGACGAACUGAGGACCGCCAUGAAGGGAGCUGGGACUGAGGAAGCCUGCCUCAUUGACAUCCUGGCCUCCAGAACUAAUGCAGAGAUCAAAACCAUCACUGCUUGUUAUAACAAAGACCAAGAGAGGAACCUGGAGGAAGACAUCUGCAGUGACACUUCCGGAAUGUUCCAGAGGGUCCUGGUCUCUCUGCUCACGGCAGGGCGAGAUGAAAGCAAUAAAGUGGACCAGGCCCUGGCAGUGCAGGAUGCCAAGGAUCUGUUUGAGGCUGGAGAGGCCCGGUGGGGGACAGAUGAGGUCAAGUUCCUCACCGUGCUGUGUGUGAGAAACCGGGAACACCUGCUCCAAGUGUUCCAGGAGUAUCAGAAGCUGUCCGGCCGGGACAUCGAGGCCAGCAUUAAGAGGGAGAUGUCUGGGUCUCUGGAGGACGCCUUCCUGGCCAUAGUGAAGUGCAUUAGAAGCAAGCCAGCUUUCUUUGCUGAGCGCCUGUAUAAAUCCAUGAAGGGUCUUGGCACCACGGACACUGUGCUCAUUAGAGUCAUGGUGGCCCGGGCUGAGAUUGACAUGCUGGACAUCAAAGCCGAGUUUCUCAAGAUGUACGGCAAGACGCUGCACUCCUUCAUCAAGGGCGACACCUCUGGCGACUACCGCAAAAUCCUGCUGGAGCUCUGCGGGGGGGAGUAGAGGGCUGAGCAUGGCGCUGAACCUAUGACAUCAUCAGUGUGUUCCAACUCCGCAGCUCCCCGUAACACCUCUGUUCGCACUCUAUGUUUGUAUGGAGAGGAUUGAAAGUGCUUUUUUUUCCACAAUUUGUAAUUUUGAUUAAAUCUUUUAAACAAUUAAAUGUUUUGUUCUAA